AUGAAUAAUGCGGCAUUCAGCGAGAAGUUCUUGAAUGACAUCGGCGAGAAAGAUGCGGCCAUGGUCGCUCAGGAGUUCGCGGGGAGCGCCGUGACCAACAUAAUUGCAGAGACUGUUCAGCUGAUCUCUGAAUUAUUAAAGGUAACUGUGGCAGUGCCACCAAAAGAAGAUGUUGUUGAACAUUUGCCCAUCUCUUUUAAACAAUUCAGUAACGUGCGUGUCAUUGUAGAUUGCACCGAAAUUCCUAUUGGCCUGCCCAACUGUUUGCGAUGUGCAUUACAGACAUACUCCUUCUAUAAGAAAGGUUUCACGGUUAAAUAUAUGGUGACUGUUACACCAAGUGGUCUUAUUGCCCACAUAAGCCAAAGGUAUGGAGGCCGCACCUCAGAUAAGGCCGUUUUUGAGCAAAGCGGCCUCAUCAAGCAACUAGACCCAAUAUCAGAUGCCAUAAUGGCAGACCCUGGCUUUCUUAUCGAUGAUAUUUGUGCGGACCACUUAAUUGAGUUAAUCAGGCCUCCACUCAGAAAACAAAAGCAGAUGUCAAAGGGUGAUGCACUUAGGACACAAAACAUAGCAUCAGCAAGAGUUCAUGUAGAGCGUGCUAUACAGCGAAUGAAAAUAUUCAAAGUGUUGUCAACAAGAAUCCCAUGGAGCAUGAGGGACGUCGACGCAUCGGCGAGAGCGAACAACGACGAGGAGAAGGAGAACGGCGGUCGCAAACUGGGCGAAUGCUUGGGCGGGAAAGGGGUAAAUCGCGGUCUGGAGCGUAAGACAACGGAUGGUCGUACGCGGCUGUGCGUGGGUCAUCACGUGGAUGAAGUGGACGGCGGCGGCACAGUCGUGCAACGUGUCCAGGAAUAG